AUGCUUAUCAGAAGAAAGGGGGAUUCAGUUGCCAGUGGAACUGUGCAUGGUCAGCCAGGUUUCGCCCAGGAGCCGGUCGACACCACCGUGGCAGAGGGGGGUGAAGCCAUCAUACACUGCGUCAUAGAUAACCUGGACGCCAGCGCCAGGGUGCUAUGGACCAAAGGGAGCACCAACACACCGCUGGGACUAGACAGGGAUAUGCCAGGCUUCCCGAGGUACACCAUCAUAGGUGACCCCGCACGCGAGGCCAAUCUGCGCAUCGUUAACGCUCAGUUGGAGGACGACGACACCUAUCGCUGUCAAGUUCCCGGACUCCGCUCUGAUGAAGUAACACUGACUGUCCAAGUCCCCCCGGACCCCCCGACGAUCGACGACCACGAGAACGGCACCCGGAUCACGGUGGACCCCCCGGCGGCCGUCACCUUAACCUGCCGGGCCAACAACGCGCGCCCCGAGGUCGUCAUCACCUGGCUGAAGAACGGGGAGCCCGUGCUGUACCUCACGCCCACCACGGUGGUGGCGGACGCCGGCGACCCCCUGGGCAAGAAGAAGAACCUGGCCAGUACCCUGAUGCUGAACCCGGAGAAGGAGGACAACGGGGCUGAGUACAAGUGCCUGGUGGAGCACCCGGCGCUGAUCAGGCCGUACUUUGUCACGGUGGUCGUGAAUGUCCGAUUUCCACCUGGUCCCCCGCUGAUCACUGGUUACCAGCAGGGUGUAGCGGUACGACAAGGAGACGUGGUCGCUCUGGACUGCGCUUCUAGAGGCGGUAAUCCACUCGCUGAGGUGUACUGGUGGAAAAACGGCGUCCAGAUGGACCACUCCUACAUCACGGAUGGCGCGGGUGCGCGCAACACCCUCCCGAUAACGGUCGGCUACAGCGACAACAACGCCGUGUACAAGUGCCAAGUCAGCAGUGUGGUGCUCCCAGAGCCGCUCACCGCCCAAGUCCAGUUCACUGUCUACUUCCCGCCUGCAUAUGUGAACAUUACGGGUCACGAGAAUAUGGUGAACUCUGGAGCUACGCUAACACUGCAGUGCACAUCAGCCAACAGCAACCCCAGCGCCUCGAUCUCCUGGUACACCGGUGGUCAGCAGGUCAGCUCCUCCAACGACGUGGUAGUCCCCGCCCCCAACGGGGGGUUCAUCACCUCGCAGAACCUGACCAUCACCGUGAUAGGCCAGACGGACAGCAUGGAUUACAUGUGCCAAGCUACCAACCUGGAGUUGUACGAGUACGCCAAUGCGGUGGCCACGGUCAACGUCAUGUAUCCUCCCGGGCGGCCGCUCAUCUCGGGCUACGAGGAGGACGAGGAGGUCAAAGCCGGCAACCUCCUGCGGCUGACCUGCAUCGCGGUGGGCGGCAACCCUCUGGCCACGCUGACCUGGCAGAAGAACGGCGAGGAGCUGGAGGGGGACUACGGCACCAGCGGCCAGCUGGCCACCAACGAGCUGCCGCUGAUCCUGAAACAGACCGACAACAAGGCCAACUACAGCUGCAGCGCCUCCAAUCAGGCUACCCCGACGCCGCUGGUCACUCAGGUCUCGCUGGAUGUACUCUUUCCACCUGAGAGAGUUUUCGUGACUGCCGAGCCCCCUCAGUCAAGAGAGGGCGACAGAGUGCUUGUCAAGUGUCGCACCGCCAGCAGCAGUCCAGCCAGUGUACUGUCCUGGUGGAGGGACGGAGUACCCAUAGACGGCGGUGAGGCUGUCGUCGAGCCGUCGGAUAACAGCGGUUUCUCCACCAGCAGUGAGUUGGUCAUCGAGAACGUGUCGCUGUCCGACAACGGUCGAGUAUUUCUCUGCCGCGCCAAGAACGACCUGAUCGUGGAGGCCGUGAACGACGGCUUGAUCAUGGACGUCAGAUUCAAGCCCCAGAUCAGCAUCGCCGACCAAGUCACCAUCAGCACCCGGGAGGGACCGGGUCUACAGAUCCUCAACUGCACGGCCACGGGCAACCCGGAGGCCUUGACCUACGUCUGGCACCAGAACGACGCCCCCAUCGCACUGGAAGGGAACACCCGCUUCACUGUCAACGAAGCCGGCUCGCUGUUUGUCCACAACGCCACCCGGACGGAGGUGGGCAAGUACAUGUGCGUCGUCAGCAACGAGGAAGGAAGCAGUAACAUCACGAUCACGUUCAAUGUACAGUACUCGCCCAUUAUCUCCACCGGCGACCAGGUCGUCAUCAACCUCUUCUCCAUCAGUGAGCUGGCCUGCGAGGCAGACGCCAGCCCCAAGCCCGAGGGGUUCAUCAGGUGGUCGCGGGAAGGGUUCGACCUGAGCGCGCACCAGACCGAGUACAGCGAGGGCCGAGGGAUCCUGCGCAUUCUCAACGUCUCCAAGGCUGACGGCGGGCUGUACACCUGCACGGCCGACAACGGCAUCGCGCCGGCUUCUACCAAGAAUAUACAGGUGGUCGUGCAGUUCGUUCCGGAGAUUGACCGCACCGUCCCCAACAAGGUGGCCCAGAGCAUCGGCCAGUUGGCGGUGCUGCGUUGCCGGGCGGAGGGCGCCCCCGUGGUCAGAUUCAAAUGGUUCCAAGGAGGAUCAGAGGUGAACGUGACCAGCGACCAUUACACGUUUGACACGCGUCAGGAUCUGACCUACUCCAAUCGCUACGAGAGUCGUCUCUACAUCGGCCCCGUCAACGAGGUCUUCGACUACGGGACCUACGUCUGCAAAGCUUACAACGAUCUCGGCGAGACCACUGUCUCUGUCCAGCUGGAACAAACCAGUGCACCGGAGGCGCCCUUUGACCUAAAAGUGGACCAGAUCCAACACAACUCGGUCAAGCUGAGCUGGAAACCAGGUUUUGACGGAGGCCGGCCCCAGACCUUCCAGGUGCGUUUCAACCAGAAGGGUGAGCUGCAGUACCAGUACGUGGACGUGGUGCCGCCCAACGCCACCUCCUACGCCGUCACCAACCUCAACCCGGAGACAGACUACGAGUUCACGGUGCGAGGACGCAACGACCUGGGCACAGGAACCUACUUCCUGGGUAUCGUCUCGGCAACAACCAAAAUUGCACCAAGUAAACCUAUCGCUCCGGGCCCAACAGGUAUCCUUGUCGGCAACAUCCCUCUCUACCUAUUCCUCCUGGUCACCUUCCUGAGCCUUCUCAGCUGUGUCUUCAUCAACAUCUUCCUGGUCUGCUGUCUGGUCAAGCGACGUUCCUCCAAGAAGCGAAACCUCGCGAAAAACUCGGACGUCAAACUGAAAAAGAUUGAAACCGUGCAUUCGGACAAAGAGAGUAUGACCGCCACGGAAACCCUGGAUUCACUGUCCCGCCGCGACCAAUCAGAGUACUCCAAGGACCCGUACUCCGACGACGAGCGUAGCUACGACAGCCGGCGCUACGGUGACCGUCGCUAUGACGACGAUGGCUUCAGCGACCGCGCUUACAGCGACCAGUACGACGACAGCGAGCGGCGGCCCGUCACGCCGUCACGUCGUGAACCGGGAUCCGGGUACCACAACGCCGGGUACCGACCACCGUCCUACUCGGCCAGCUGGGACAGCUUUGCUCGUACCCCGAGCGUCAUGACCGACCUGAUGAGUGAGGAUCAAGAGGAGCGCGACUACGCAGACCAGCUGCGACGCAAGCAGGCCCAGCUGACCUCGGCCCCGCCCUCCACCGGUAAACCCUACGAGUACCAGUCCUCGGUCACCCCGAGCCCGGUACCCAGCAGUCUGGGUAAUUUCGUCCAGCUGACCAAGGCGCGGCCUGCUGAUAGCCAGGCCGGCAGUGAAGAAGGAUUCCUGGUGUGAUGAUGAUGAUGAUGCAGAAUUUGAAGGACGGAAAAAGCUUAUUUUUUAGCCUAUGAGGGCGCUGUUACAACAGGGGGGGGGGGUGUUAAACCAUAGAUUUCUUAAAUGGACCGUUCCAUUAAGCCCUGCCCAUGAUGUUUUGACCAAUCACAGCCGUGAUUAAUUUCGACAUGCGUGCACGUUUAUCCGACACGUGGGAUAUAAACUGGUCUUGGCCAAAGACUGGCUUGGGAUGUGAUCCCCCAAUACAUCAGCCAGUCCCUGACAAAUGUGGUAUCUGAUAUGGUGGUCAGUGCCAUAGCGAAGGGGGGACCUGGGGGAGGGGCCCCCCACAAAUUCCCCAUGUGCC